CCCAGGUUCUCCAGAGAGAAGGUGACACACUUAAGGCUAAGGUGAAUCAAGCAAAGAAGAAAAUGAAAGGCAUUAAGAAAAGUCUUACAGAAGAAUAUCUGUAUCUGGAUUUUUCUCAUCAAACAGAAGGAUGCAUCUUUCCUCUUCAUACAUCUGUAACUGUGUUUUUAUUAUCUUACUGUGACAGCAAAAUCUUUAAAGUUUGCUUAGCCCUUACCAGAGAAAUUGCAGACAUUUCACAAAUAAGAAAUGUAUUGCCCCAGGAUGUUGAAAUACAGAUAAUUUCACGGGAAGAGCUUCCAUCAAUAGUCCAGAAUUGUUGUUUACCUGCAGUAGUGGAAAGACCAGGCAAUUUUUGUAGAGCUGGACUUGCUGUUGUACUAAGGCACAUAAUUCAGAAAUCAUAUGAAGCUGAUCCCUCCCGGAAGGAAAUUUUGGAACUACUAGGUUUUAAGAAGACUUGCUUGAAAGCCUGUGCUGAAGUUAGUCAGUGGACCAGGCUCUGUGAACUCACCAUCCCUUUGGCUAUUGAGAAUUUUCUCAGACAGUCUUCUGAACAGGCCUCAACUAUCCCUGUAGAAAUACUACAACUAGAGAAAAAACUUGGUGAGCCUGUUAGAGUGCACAAUGAUGACAAACUCCGUAGACAGAAAUUAAAGCAACAGAAGGCUGUUGGAGUUGAAAUUUCCCUUGCUAAGGAAAAAAAAAAGAGCAAGGUUCAUAAUCAGGAAACAUCUGAAGAGUUGGACUCCCCAUCCAAGACCCUGGAACUGGAAGUGGCAUUCUCAAAGCUCACAGCACAAGAAGAAGCAUCCUCUAGUAACAGAGAGCCUUCUCACAUCAGAAAAGCAAAAGCCUCUGACCUGCCACCUCUAGAGCAUGUGUUUGCAGAAGGGCUUUACUUCACAUUAGCAGAUAUCGUGCUCUUGCCCUGUGUCCAUCAUUUUUUGGUAAUUAUCUGUAAGAAACUUUCUGAAAAGCUGGUAGAAUUUCCGUUGCUGGCAUCUUGGUACCAGAGGAUUCAGGAAGUACCCAGAGUAAAAGCAGCAGCUUCUCAGUGUGGAAUCCAAUUUCUUGAUUUACCAGAAUUACUGACUACCUCAACUGAGCAGCAUCCAAAUCUAUGUGAGAUCCAAGAUGUAGAGGAGCAAAAUGAUCCUUCAUUUAUAGGAGGGCCAAGGCCAACUAUGACCAAGUUAAUGGAAAAAGGCAUUGAAGUGAUGUUUUCUCCUCAUCCAUGUCCUACCUGGAGCCUUGAUUGGAAUACUCUUCCUGCAGCAGUGAGUCCAAAGGAAGGUAAAAUGUCCAGUGAUCGAGCAUUGAGGAAGCAGCAGCAAUUAAACAACCUUAUUUAUGUGGUGACAAAUCAAGCCAAACCCGGUGACAGAAUUGUGGAUUUCUGCAGCGGCGGGGGCCAUGUUGGAAUUGUGCUUGCUCACAUGCUGCCAUCAUGCCAGGUUACCUUAAUAGAAAACAAGGAGUUAUCUUUAGUUCGUGCUAAGAAGAGAAGUGAUGAACUAGGUUUAAGCAACAUUUGGUUCAUUCAAGCAAACAUGGAGUAUUUUACAGGAAUGUUUAAUAUUGGGGUGGCAUUGCAUGCUUGUGGAGUGGCAACAGACAUGGUGAUUGAGCACUGCAUCAAAAUGCGGGCUUCCUUUGUCACAUGCCCUUGCUGUUAUGGUUUCAUUCAGAACACUUCAAAGUUUAAUUUUCCAAAAAGUGAACAAUUCAAAGAAACUCUAUCAUACAAGGAACACAUGAUUCUGUGCAGAUUUGCAGAUCAGACAGCUGUCCAGCUCCCACCCCAACGCAGGCUAAUAGGAAAACAGUGCAUGUGCCUAGUGGAUCUGGAUCGGGCACGAGCUGCAGAAGAACGCGGGUACUCUGUCCAAGUGAUAUCCAUGGAGCCAGAGAGCUGCUCUCCCAAAAAUAAUAUGAUCGUGGGAGUCCCCAUUUGAAUGGAGAUAUUCACAUUUGAUGUCUUGCCACCACUUUUCAUGCUGAAAGCCCAAUGGCAUUCAGGAGGUUUCUGGCAUAACUAGGAAAUAGCAUUAGCCAUCUUGAACCUUCUGUACUCAGGAAAGAAAGCAGCAGGAAAAUCUUGGAAGAAAGGCUGCCUGAAAAGCAUCACAAA